AUGCCAUUUAGGUUCUCACUAAGGCGGCCAGUGGCCAGCCGAAAAGUAAGCCAGCAGUCUGGCACCGAUUUGAGGGGCUCGAAGGACCAACUCAGCUUAGUUGAAGAGCGCAACGAUGAGCAAUGCGGGCAAACUGAUGCUACAAACGGCCCCAACAACGCCGUCCUGAGGACUUCCGUAGCUCAUGCAGCUUCCCCAGCAGCCACUAUGGAGUCCCGGCCAUCUUCGUUUCUGAGGCGAACUCUGUCGAGCCUCUCCAUGAGAGUCAUGCCGAAGAUGCGGUCGGAUAGCAGCAAAGGUUCGCGCGAACGGGCACAAAUGGGCUUGAAUAGCGACGUGCGCUCAGAUCAACUGUCCGGGGGAAUACGGCCAGGAGUGGAAGCGCCUAACCCAGCAGAUCUUGAGCACACAAGAAGAGGAUUCCACAGCUUACGCCAGCGGUUUCACGCAGCCUAUCACCCUCUCCCCGGCAGAGUUCUUGGGGGGCAGGAUGGCACAAGUGAACACGCCCUGCACAUGCCAAUCCCCUUGCGGCACCUUCAUUUGCCGCACAUUCUUGAGGGGCGGCUGCACCACUCUUCCCACCCUAUUGGGCUCACCAGCGCAGACCAAGAAGCUGAAGUCAUGCAGAUGCUUCAGAACGCCGCGAAUCACGCAAAGAGGAUCAUCCAGACGGCAAAGAGUGAACGCGAAACGCUAAGGGACAGAGCGCGGGAAGAAGCCGAAGAAGAAAUAAGAGCUCUUAGGCAGGCGCUCGAAGAAGAAAGCUUGCGAGCUGAGGAGAGCAUCAAUGGCGCAGAUCUCAUCCGCUUGGCAACCAAGGACGAAGAUGAACGAAUGCGCCAACUGGUAGAGUGCUCUGCGGAAAGGAUGGCAGGCGCUGUCACCCUAUGCGUUGAUCAUGUUUUGAACGUGGAUACAACGCUCGCUCCAGAACGCCGAGAUGCGCUUCGCCAUUUAAAGAAAAAUCCUCCGAGUUUCCUUCGGAAAAGCCAAGCUGGAAAGUAUCCGUCAAUGCGACGGGAACUCGCAGUGCGCGCGCUCAAGAACAGACGAAAUCUGUCUUAUUCAGAUCAUUUUUGGGACUCUGAUGCGCUGGAUUACCCACAACAGGAUGGCUGCACACUCGAACAGGAACAAGCGUAUGCUGCAAUCUUGGGCGACCGAACGUUUAAGGAGGAGGACGAGAUAAAGAUAGAUUUUGAUGAAUUAGAAAGGCCUUCUCCAGUUGAACGGUUUUCUUUGGCGGUGCAAAGCAUUGGGACCAGAUGUGGUUGCCUCCUCGGGUAA